GUUGCUGCUCAUGAGAUUGCCCAUGCACUUGGAUUUAAUGUCCAUAAUAUGGAGGGAAAAUCCAUGCUGCGUCGACAAUAUACUAUUGCUACAAUUACUCCUUAUGUGGUGUCCCAAAAUACACGUAGAGCUGCGAAGUUACACUAUAAUUGUGUUUCUGAUAGGGGGCUACCAUUGCAGUCUGUUGCAUCUUAUGCUACAGUAGCGUAUAUGAGAUCUUCGGCUGAUACGCCGGAAAGCACAGAAAUGAUGUCGUUAAGGAAACCAAUGAAUCAAAAGCUUAAUGGGAUUGAUGUAGUUCCUGCUGGGGAAUCUAGCUCUUCUUACCAGGGGCUUCAGGUUGUGGAAAAGUAUAAAGUGUCUCCAGGGAGCAUGGUAUACUCUUCUCACUGGAGUCGUCGUAUUGCUAAGGACGAGUUGAUGGUUGGUCUCGUCGGUGCUGGUUACUACACCGCACUCACAUUGGGAGCUUUCGCUGAUCUGGGCUACUACAAAGUUAAUUGGACAAUGGCAGAGCAGAUGAGUUGGGGCAAUAACUCUGGUUGUGGAUUGCUGGAGAAGAAAUGUGUUGAGGGAGGCAGGACUAAAUUCCCCGAUAUGUUCUGCACAACCGAAUCCACUGAGGGAUCUGCAGGACUACAGUGCACAUCUGACCGCCAGUCGCUGGGAACUUGCACCAUUCAAACCCAUGAGAGGGACCUUCCAGGCCAGUUCCAAUAUUUUUCAGACGGUAAAUUGGGGGGCAAUAAAACUGAUCUAAUGGACUAUUGCCCUAUUAUCGUGGGAAAGCGUGAAACGAGCUGCACCGAUGGGGAUCAGAGCCAAAUGCCUGGAAGUUUAAUUGCUGCCAACUCACGUUGUGUGCAGGGGGAGAAUCUGAUCGCUGACGAUACAGCUGUUGGUGCCGUGUGUGUGGAGGUGUCUUGCAAGAAAAAUGAGGUAAGUGUGCGGUACAGUGGAAACGAUAAUUGGUACAGUUGUCCUGAAGGAGGAAGACUAGCUGUGAAGGGGAAUGUACUGCAGGGUAAAAUUGUGUGCCCCAAAUACGCUGAUGUGUGCAAUACAAUCAACAGAGUUAUUGAUAAAGGGCGAGGCCGACCAAUGAAACUCGGUGCGUACGUGGAUCAUGGUAACGAUGGACGCAGUGAUGGUAGUGUGACUGCUGCUAUUUUAGUGCCGCUUUUGUUCAUUUUCUUGGCCGUGUUUACAAUAAUGGCUCCAUGA